AUGUCCUCGACACAAGUUGAAACUAAGAUGGAGGGAGCUCCAGAAAAACUGAACGCAUGGGCUAACAGAAAGGCCAAACAAAACGAAUUCCAAGACGGCAGGAUUACACCACCCUAUACUUGGAAGGAGUCAGCUAGAGAUUGGUACAAGCAGGGAUUACAAAAAAAUUAUUCUGAUGAACAAGUAGAGCACAAUUUACUUCUGAGAUUGCCAUUUUCCUGA